AUGGUUAGCCGUUGUGACUGUGAUGUUAUCAUUAUCGGACUAGGGCCUGUCGGCGCAGUUACUGCCAAUUUGCUGGGGAAUUAUGGUCUGGAAGUGAAAGUUUUUGAGAGAGAUUUGGAAGUUUAUAACCUUGGUCCAAGAGCUGUAGCCAUUGAUGCUGAAGCCACGAGAGUUUUUGGAAUGAUUGGCUUGGAUGGUUGGCUUGACAACCAUGUGAAUAAACCGCGUAUUGGUAUAAGGACAGAUGUUCCGCCUUUUGGAACACCACUGAUAUCUAUUAAGCCGGACAACCAUCGUCGUUAUGGUUACCAAGGAGUGGCAUUGUUCAAUCAACCGCGCGUUGAACGAAUUUUAAGAGACAACUUAAAACGCUACAACAAUGUACGAGUGUACCUUGGUUUUGAGGUUAUUGACGACAGUUCCAAAGAUAGUCACGUGGUUGUAACAGUUCGCAGGCUGUCUGAUAACAAAACGCACAACUAUACAUGCAAGUAUCUAUUAGUCUGUGAAGGCGGGAGAAGCGCAACUAGGAAAAGGCACGGACUUCAGUUUGUCGGUAGCUCGUUCAAGCAGCAAUGGUUGGUGCUCGACACAGUGACGUUCGACAAGGAAUUAAAAGCGUCGUUAAAAGACCUCUGGUUCGUCACCAAUAGAAAUAACAAUAUUGCAAUAGUUUCAUUGCCUGAUGAUACCCUGCGAUUCGAAAUAUUGUUAAAUGAUGACGCUCUGGAAAACGAUGUCGUUGAAGUAAACGAGACUGCGAAUCUCAUACAGAAUCUUGGAAUUGAUUCAAAUAAACUUUAUUUUAAAAGAAGAAUUGUUUAUACUUUCCAUGCUCGACAGAUACAGCACUGGUAUGAUGAUAAAGUUGUUUUUCUUGGAGAUGCAGCCCACUGUAUGCCGCCAUUCGCUGGCCAAGGUUUAUGUAAUGGUAUCCGAGAUGCCGGUAAUUUAGCCUGGAAAGUGACCUUUGCUAUAAGAGGCACACUCUGCUUUGAAAACAUGCGAUUAAUAGGAAACCACACUUCAAAUGGGGUAGACAAAAUGCAACAAAUAAAAGUGAGCAACAAACAGUUAUUACAAUCAUUCGAAAGAGAAAGAUGCGAUGAUGUGAAAAAUAUGACAAUACGGUCAAUAAAUAUUGGUCGUUUUUUGACUCUCAGGAACCCGAUUAUUUUAACACUCAGGAACUUACUUCUUCUGUUAAUUCAUUUUCUGGGAUUCAGUUCUAAACUUAUUGUAAAACCAGUAUUACAAUUCAAAAGUGGACUUUUUGAUGACACAUGUGACGGUGCCGGUGAAUUAUUCAUCCAACCAAACGUUCUCACAUCCUCGUCCAAGACACCACUGCUGUUAGACAAAGUUCUUGGUAUUGGAUUUUCUCUUAUAUAUUACAACAAAUUUCCAGAUUUUUCCAAUCGAAUUCAGACUAAAAUUUUGAAUCCUUUGAAUGCAACAGUUUUUCAAGUUCUACCGCCAAAGAAUAUGUUCAGUCAACACAACAUUGAUGAUUCUUAUUGUAUUGGUACACGUAUCAUAAAAAUGGUCGAUGUGGAUAAGGAGUUACAUAAAUGGUUCAGAUCCAAGAAAUGUGACGUCGUUGUCCUGAGACCUGACAGGUUCAUCUAUGGUUACUGCAGUGAUAACAAUCUUCCGAUAAUGUUGGAAAAAUUGUGUUUAAUGUUGACUGGUAAAACGACGCUGGGAAACUUAUCUAGAAACAGAUCCAGGCGACGUACUUUGACUAUUGUUAUACAGCUAUGUAGCUGUGAAGACUGCACAACUAAUGACCCUUUCUGUGUAGAAUGCACAGAUAGAGUUUACGAUUCGAACAAUGAUACAUGCGCUGAGUGUAACGGCACUUAUUUUGUAUACGACGGAGUAUGUAGGCAUCUUUGUGAUAACGUAAACACCACAUCAACACCAGGGUUAAUACCUAUCAAACAAAAUAGCAUUGAACAACCUGGCGAACCUGGUUCUUUAAUUUAUCAACCAUGUCUUCCGAGAUGUCCAAUUAACUAUACACAUGAUGAGGAAAACAAUACAUGUUCAGCUGAAUGUCAUGUAGAGUGUGCUGGGUGUUAUGAACCAGGUGCAGACAAUUGCAUCAAGUGCAAGAAUUAUUUAGACACAACAGAGCUGAUAUGUGUUGCAGAAUGUGGACCAGACACGUAUGAAGAUAAUAGAAAUUACUGCAUUGGUUGUGAUGAGAGUUGUCAACUUGGUUGCCAUGGAGCAGGUCCAGAGGGCUGCAUCACAACGUCAGCCCCAACCACUACAGCGAUAUUUCUGACAACUUUGCUUACAACUAAUGCCACUACAGAGUCACCUGGUGAGGGGAUCAAUAUGUAUUUAUUAUUUGUAGGUGUAGGUGUUGGAGUUCUUUUAAUUAUCAUCAUUAUUAUUAUCAUCUGCUGCUGCUGUUGUCGUCGCAGAGAGAGUAGAGACGAAGAAAAAGAUGCAGAGGCUACAGACACGUUAAGUGGAAGUAACACAAAUUUGGUAGAUGAGAAAACAGAAACAUUUAACCCUCAAGACCAGGAAGCGGAGCCAGAUCAGCUAUAUGGGAACGUUGAUGAGAUGGGAAAUUUGACAAAUAUUCCCGAAGAUCAAACUGCUAGGAGAUUUAUUCCAACACCAUUAAAUGAACAACAUAAAUGGAAUAAUAAUACCGAAACAGAGCAUCCUUGUUCGAGAGGAGACAAGCCAACACAAAUCAUAGAUGAUCGAACCUACCAAGCCCCAGAGUUUGUGCCUGAGGAAGGAGAGAUGUAUGAGGCACCAAAUCCAAUGGAAGAAGAGGAAUACACUCCGCCUCAACCAUAUGUUGCUGAGGAAUAUGUGGAUCUUGAAACACCGACGAUGCCCAAACCAGCUGCUGACGAUGAAGAGCCUUUGUACCAGAAUGUAAAUGUGAAAUAUAAGAAUAAGAUUAAACCACCUGUGAAUGUGCCACGGAACAAAAAAAGGAAUAUUGUGCUACAGAAUACACAAGUUAGUGAACACAGAAAUGGAGACGACUUGCCAACUAGUCCUCCACCUCAGCCCCCUCAACAAGAAACAAAGACAAAAUUUAAAAAACCAGUUGUUGGAACAAAUACACUUGAAAAUAUUGAAAUGACAAAAUUUAAACCUAAGAACAAUGAUAUUCCAAGGAAAUGGGUAAAUCCACCUUUGGAAACAAAGAAAGGGUUGACAGAGCCUGAAAAUCCGCCGACCCCACCGGUUCGUAUUACCAGUGAACUUAACCCCCCGCCUCCAAUUAAGAAGCCUGUAAAUUUGCCAAAAAUUGAUUCCUCCCCACCGGCAUCACCUCCUCCACCCCCUCCGGUCGAGAAAGAAGAAACCAUCCAUAAAAAGAAGCCGCCAGGAAAGUUGGCUUCCCCAACAUGGCUUACUGCUAAUGAGAACAAAUCCCCUGUUAAAAAACAGCCAGGCAAAGUGGGUGUGCAUCCAUUAGCACAACAGUUGGAAGAGAAACCAGUCAGGAAACCAAAACCUGAAGUAAACAUAGCACAUGGUAAAGUGAAAGGGACUGCAAAAGAUUUGAACAUUCCAGUAGCUGCACUUUCGCCAAAACAACCACCACCACCACAACAACAAAAACAACCGAAUGUAAAGGGAAAAAAGAAAGUUGAGCCAAAACCAAAGCCUGUAAUGAAGAAAAAUCAAAUAAAACUCACCCCAGCUGGACUUUUCACUCAAAAGAACAAGAUGCAUAACCCUGAACCAGAAGAAGAUGACGACAUGUAUCAUGUACCUGAAGACCCAACUGAUGAUGUAUAUGAUGAUGGAAUGUCUUCACAAAACCAUCAACGAAAACAAUUACCACCAAAACCUAGAGCCCAAUACCCAGUAAAACAAUACAUGCCAGAUACUAUUGUAGAACCUGGUGAAGAAGAUUAUGAAGUUUUUGACAAUCGGGAACCAGCAAUUCCACCUCGAGUGUCAUCAGUAUCCCCGAAAAAUAAAAACGCGCUACAAGACUGGGGAGAGAAUUAUGAAGUAAUGGAGGAACCACCAACAAGGUUACCACGGAAACCGCUUCCACCCACAAAACCAUCAGCACCUAUAGAGGAGGAACAAGAAACAUAUGAAGUCACUGAUGGAAAUCAGCUAUGGGAUGACACUUAUGAAGAGGUUUCCCCAAUGGAUAAGAAACCGCAAAAUGUUGGCAGAAAAGACGUGUACCACAACUUGCCAAAUGUGGGGAGAGGCCAGAGUGACAUGGUGUACCGGAACUUGCCAGGAUCAAAUGCCCAGACAAGUCACCCAGAAGGUGGAUAUGUCAGUAUGAAAUACACUGGUAAAUAA